AAGUGUGGGAGUAUUACUUUAAAGGAGACAUCGCUCUCCAUCUAGGGAAGCUUUUCUUGAAGUCUUAAUAAUGCAUUGUGUAAUAAAGGAUCAGCAAACAUUCUGAACACCUCUGACAAUGCAAAGUGUUAUUCGAUAGGGGAUAUUGGUGUGCUGAGAAACACCUCUCACAAAAUCUGAUCCAUGGCAAAGAUUUUGAUGAGUAAUAAACUUGUUAAUAAAAAAAGCAGGAGAAAGUAAGUUAAAACUACUUUUUUCCAGGGCUUGCCAAUAUCAACAUUAAUGUAGAGUUCCUUACAGCAGCUGUAAAGUAGGCUUGUUCUGAUACAAUAUGUAGUUUUAUAAAUGGUUGAAUAGAGUUGAAAGACUCUUUGCAGUAUUACCCUAAAUGUUGUUUUGAACAAGGGUAUAUUGUCAAAUUAGCAUUAAGUAUGUCAGCUGAACUUCUGGAUGACUCAGUCCUUACUGUUGCAUACAUAACAAGGGACUAAAGAGAUACUCAAGCGGAAAAAUGUUGUAUAAUUUUAACUUUAUAUUUCUUUUGACAUUAAUCUUUCUUAAGCAUCUUCAAUCAUUGUUUAUGUGUGCCCAUUUCAGUUCUGCGAAUGAGUUUAGUACCUAAUUUGAACUCGAUAUAAUAUCAUGACAACAGCUAUGAAUGUGUGUCAGUUUUACCUGUUUCAUAACGUUUCAUAACACAGAACUGAGGAAGUCAAAGUCCUGUAUCUAAGUGUGAAAAAACAAAGAGAGUCGUAGCGCUCACCGUUAAUAAGGCACUGAUUGUUGCCCAAAUGGGUGUGUUAAACAACAGAGCUGACAGACUGUUAUAGAAGCCAGAUGCUGACCUGAAAAGAGUUUUUACUCCAUCUAAUCUUAUUUAACUGUUUAACUUGAAGGUCUGUAUAGGCUGGAGGUCAAAGGUUUUCUCUAGAAAACUCUCAGCUUUGAUUGAGGAACUCAGGCAGGAUGAUCCUUGGGUAACCUUUUAGUCACAGCUUUUACUACAGGUAGACUUUGUGUUUCUUGAGAAAAAAUGAUCAAAGAAAUCCAAGUUAUUUUACUUUUCUGCCUUAAGAUUCCACUAAAAGAUCUUACUUUCUUGAAUCUUCAUUUUAAGAAAUGGGUUGCAAAUGAAAUCUUUCUCAUGAGGUUCAUUUAGAUUUGACUUUAGAUUUAGGCCUUCCUGUUAUGUUUGACCCCUGAUAUAACUUGUGAUAACUGCAGUACACUUUGAGACUCUGGGACUGACAUUACAUGAGCAACUUGAACCAAAUUACUAAUUUAAGUUACUGCUAAAACAUUGAGGAUCCUAUAGAUUGGUAAAGUCUACAACAAAACUGAUUCUUGUGUUGGUGUGAAGCAGUUACUUAUGGUACUGGAAAGUUCUGUGACACUUGUGUUGUGUGUUUUAUUUCAAGUCAUUCCUCCUCAACUUUUGUCAACAGAGCUGUCAAACAUGAUGUCACAUCCCAUCUUUUUAAAAUUGAACAACUAACUAAAAAUAAACCUUAAAGAUAAAUGAGCACUUGAACCUUGAGCAGCAUAAUACCCACUCACUUGAGAAAAAAUGCAUUUGAUGUGUAUUUUAGUUUAACAGUUUAAUAAGUAACUUCUGUUUUAUCUGUUUACAUGAGGGAGGUGGGGUUUAGGAUCUAUGCUGGAGCCAGUCAGCAGGGGGAGCUGUAAAUCUUUUGGCUUCAUAGCCAAUUAGCAAUUACGGCACCCGAUAUAAUUUCAUAUGAAAUAUAUGCAGGAGACCUGAGUGUCCAUACAUGUCAUUUGCUCUGUUUCACACUGAUAACUGAUUUCUGUUUGCUUUCUCUACCUCAUAGAUCUCAUAUUAUUUAUUUUGAGGUUACAAAACUGAUUUUCCUGCAUCAACAAAAAUUUUUUUUGGUGAUCUGGAAAAAAAAGGGGGGAAAAAAACAAUAGCCUGCUGACUUUGAUAGUUCUGUUCACAACAUAUCAUGCCAUAGUCAAAAUAUUUUGACUAUGCUAUAACGUCAUUUUUUUGUCAUAAUAUAUCUUUUACAUAAAAUAUUACAGUAUGAUUUUCUUACACUUUUGUUCUGUAGAGAGAACAAAAUAAAAAAAAUGGGGAAAAAAAUCUAAAUGUUGAAUUUUUCUUUUUUUUUUAUUAUUGUGUUAUAAGUUAUUGUCAUUUCUGUGUUGGUUUUGUAACUGAAAGUAAUACAUGAAAAUGUAAAAUAAGAAAAAAUGUUUGGAUUUGUGUCAAUUGGGGCCUCCACAAACUUAGAUAUGAAUACUCUACAUUUGACCCGAAAAUAAAAUUUCUAUUCUGAUUUUUUUUUAAAUUAUAUAACCAAAAGUUGACCUAAUUGCACCUUAAAAUGCACUGGAAUAGUUAAAUCUGUACAGUUUUGUGGAAUCUAAAAGGGAGAUGAAGCAGACUGGGUGUAUCUCUUCAUUAAACCAGGUCACUUUAGUAUUUUAUUAGAGCACACAUGUUUCUGUAAGCUACAUAACAUUUAAGUAUGUUGUCUGAGCCUGUAUGAGGCCCCAUUUGGUCUGUCAGUGGAAAGUCUGCUCCUGGGGGUAGGAUCAGCUCAGCCUCCAGCUCCUCUGAAGGGAUCCAACUUUGUGGGCCGGGUCAUGUGGAGAAUCUCGGUCCCUGAAUUGGGUCACAGCUGAAUAACACCACUAAAUUUGAGAUUGGGUCUAAUCCAGAUGGCUGGAGACUUCUUCUUCAGAAGUAUUUUUGGCUCAAGAUUAUAAAUCUGACCCUAUAUAUGUCAUGAAUGAGUAUUUAACAACUCCAAAUAAGAUGUGUAACACUGCUUAUAUAAAGCAUUACAUAAACAAUGAAUCAAUCCCACUGCCGGAAGUAAGGGUUAACCUGGGACAAUUACAUGGUUCAGGUCAAACUAAAGCACUAUUUCACUAUUACCAGUUGAAGGUCUCUUUAUGACAUUUUACAGCAUUAAAGCAGGUUAAAGUUUUGAAAUUAGGGCUUGUUUUGGUGGAACUCGCAGACAUGCAUAUACCUCUGUCUGAGUCUGAGAGGUUAUACAAUAUAAUUGCGUUAUAUAAGUGAGCCACAUUGCCGACCAAUAAGAGCCCUUCUCGUGCGUCACGUGAUGCUCUGCGUUCGCUUCAGUGAGUGAUACGUGAAAUCCGAAGAAGCAACAACCUUUAGCCAGAGGAGCUAGCUGGCUAGCGACCAAGAUGAACUGCCCCAGCGACUGCUUCAUUUUCUGCGGGUUUCUUUUACACUUUUUGAGAGGAAGACAUGACACAUGGAUUCGUUGAAAUUUACAAGUUUUGGGACGUUAGGUUGGGAAAAGUUCGCUUUUGGAGUUCGAAACAGGGCAGUCGGUAUUAGCGUGUUAGCUGAGUGUAACGUUAGCUAGCUUUCGGCUUUGGUGCUCCCAGGGUCUCUUACAUAAAAACAACAGCCGAUCAGCUGCGGUUCACUGGAGUAGACACUGACUCCCAGAUCUGAAGCACGGAUAUUUUCUUUCGUCUUCGACUUUCUCCUUCUCUACAUUACCGCAAACUCGGAAUUUGAUCAUUUUUUGUAGUUUAUCUCUCUUAUCUCAGCGAAGAGUUAGCGGCGACAGGCCAAACGUGAAUUAAGCUUCUUACUCACUGGACGCGGAGGACUUUACCCACCGGCUCGUCACUCAUUUAGAAUAACAAUAGAAUAAUAUUAUCCGUGUUCUCCAUAAAAAGUGACGUUACCUGGAAAGUUUCCAGCUGUAGCAUUGAGUUGUUUUCAGACCGCCUACUCGCUGUAAAGAGGGCGGAAACAACACCGACCUUCUACCUCCGAGAGUCGGUGGUUUGUUUGGAAGGAGCAGGAGGAAGCACGUCGCUUGUUGUUUUUAUCAGCAGAGAGGCCACAGUUGAGUGUUUGUGAAGCGUUGGCUCAGAUUUACAAUGUUACAUAGACGGCCUAUUUUAUUGGACUCCUAAUGAGUCCUAACCUAGUUCUAAUGGCCUUCACUGAAAUCAGGCUCGACCGGAGGGUCGGUGUGAUACAUGGUAUUGAUAGUCAUCCUGAAUGAUUUCGUAACGUAUCUGGGAGUCAAGUCUGCUUUUUGCAAGACUGUCAGUGAAUCUUUCAGUCAUCAACGUAUCUGUUAAUCUCUUUGCGACAAGAAGAUGGAGACAGGUAUGAGAGCUCACCUGAGUGAGCACUUCACCCACCCGCUCUCCCACCCUGGAGCUGCGGGGAUCUGCCCGGAGAUGCUGGAGGUGGCGGAGGAAGCGAACCGGGCCGGUGACUACAGCCUGGCCGCUGAAAUCUACAGUUCUCAGCUAGCGGACCUCCAGCAACCGGACAGAGGCUUGUGUCUGAGGAAAGCGGACUCUUUAGCCCGUGCGGGGAGGAUAUCUGAGGCGCUGGACUCUUAUUGCACAGCGGCUGGUCUGGGCAAACUGCGCCCGGAGGAGCUGCCUCUCCUGGUAGAAACUAUCGCUCGAACUCUGCGUGAGAAAGAGCUGGGCAUCGGGACGUUAAACGGACAGGUGAAACACAGCAGCAGUAGUGGGGAUGAUGGGGUUGAAAGUGAUGGGGACAACGGGGAGGAUGAAGCGUUGGAUUUGUUUUCAUGUCGCAUCUGCAAAUGUCUCCUCCACGAACCCUCCACCGUGGAGUGCGGACACACUUUCUGCAAACGCUGCCUGGAGGACGACUCUGUCAAAGAGUGUGGACAAUGUAAGCAAAAGUUGAGAAAUGAUGGACUACCAAAAGGACGAAGGUUGAAUGUUGUUCUCAGCGGUCUGCUGGAUAAACUAUUUGCAACUGAGAGCAAAGCUAGGAAACUCUGGAUCGAAGGGGAGCUUUUAUUGAAGAAACAGAACCUUUCGGAUGCCUUGGAGAAGUACAAUGCCGCCGUAGAUUUAGGUAAGACCCUCUUUUACACCUUUAUACAUGUUUUAUUUGACAAUUCUGCCACCGAAACGUGUCACGUUUCGCAUUCAAACUGCAGCGUUUGUAUAGGUGACCUACUUUCUAUUAGUCUUCUGCUUCUUGGUGUCACCGACAGGGGGCGCAUCUCUGAGCUACUGUAUCUAGAUUGACUGAGGUCAGGCGUUAUGUGACAUACCAAACCUCAUCAUUACCUAAGCAGCACACAUACUGAUCAUCUGCCCCCCAAUGACACAUUUUCAGUUUGUUAUGUGGGUCCAGGCAGGGAUGCACUGUCCUGCAAGUGCAUCCCUGAUUGAGAGAUGUAACCCAUUUUAAAUCAGGUUAUUCUAUACAUCUCUUAUAUAAAUUAUCUACACAUCCAACAUGUUUAGAUGCUACACGAAUACAUUCCUCAGCAGUGACACACUUUGUUGGACUUCAGCCCCAACUAACCCCUCCCCUCACUGAUGGUGUUUCAUAAGCAGUCAGUUUGUGAGGUGUUGGAUAACACUUGGAAAUUUGGGGUACAAAGAGAGACACAUUUAAUUGUCACUAUGGACUUGGUCAGUUAAAUGAUUGGUUAAUUCAGCACUAUAAGCCCUAUAAUUUACCCGUGACUCAUCAUCUUGGAGAUUGCCGUCUUUUGGGAACCUGCUGCGCUAAAAUGCAGAAUGUCCUGUCCUCUUACAUAAAUAGUACCAGUGUUUUAUUAACCACGUACCCAGGCCGGUUGACGGUUGAGCAGGCCUUGUUUCAUUGGCCUAUAUAACAGACACACAUUAAUAAAUCUGUUUCCUGUCUGUGGUCAUGAAGUGGCUUAAGGGGUGAAGGAAGGUGCUGGCACAGCUGUUGUUAUCAUCUGUUCAAAGACAUGCCGGUUUUAAAAAAAAAUUCAUCAGCUGAUUGUAAAAGAUUCAACGAGGGGUUGACGCAAAUUUUCAGUCAUUUUCAGAACAUUCGUGUGGUAACUUUACAAAUAUUUCCCUCCCCAGAUCAAUAUUGAUUCAUGCCUUCUGUCCUGUGAAGGACUCUGGGUGACUCGGGGCCAGAGUGCUUUCACAGUUUUUUCCAGUGUUUUCCCAACAAACCCAGAAGGAGGCCUUCUGGUAUCUGUGCUGCAGGAUGAGCGUAAUGGGCUCAUGAUGUCAGCAGAACUACAGCUGUUACCCAACCUGUGCUGUUAGGCAAAUCUUUUCCUCUCAGCUGUGAAUGUUUUUCAAAUAGACAUGGAAAUGUUCCAACUGUGUGUUGUGUUCAGGAAUUUAUGGAGAGAUAUCUAUGUUUAUGCAAGGUGACCCCUACCGUAACCAACUUGUGUCAAUCACACACUGAAGCAAAACGAUUUUUAGUACUUUACUAAAAUCAGUAAAAGAAACAAAGCAGAGAGUGAACAUUUUAGAGAAGAUCUUAAAUUUGGGGGCGAUUUUUGGUAUUUUUUUUGUAUGGAUUCAAGAAGAAAUGUCAUCAGUAUUUCUCAAAAUCCAUCAAAAGAAUAAAGCGAGAGAGUUCACCCAUGAAGAAUUGAAUAACAAAGUUUGUGUUAUUAGCAUGUUCUCAGAACAAUUUAUUCUUUAAAGGUAAUACUUGAGCAGAUUUUUACAUCAGUGCUUAACUUAACUUUCAUCAAUUUUAAAAAGAAUUAAAAGAUUGACUGUUUUCAAAGUAAGUGUUAACAGAGUAAAAUUUUUGAUUAACUGAAUAAAACAAGAUUAUUAGUACAAAUAUGUAAGUCCAUGUAUGUAGCAAAUAUUAGAAAGGAGAUUUACUUUAACAAGUUAUAAAAAAUAAUCCAUCAACUCAUAAUACACUAAAAAAAAAUCCACUCAUUCUGUUGAUUGAAAAUGUAAAUAAAGUACAGGAAAACAAGGUAGAAACUACGGGUGGGAGAAAAAAUCAAUUCACACAAGUAUCACAAUUUAUUUAUUUUUUUUACAAUUUUUAAAUCAAUUAUUUAGUUCAAUUUUUUUUUUUUUUUUUUCGAAAUGUAAGAAUAAAUCAUAAGAACUGACUCACACAUGAUGUUUAUUUUUUAGGGAACGUUCCUGGAAUAGUCAAUAGACAAUCAUAAUCAUUCAACUGUUUCAUUGGUGUUAGAAAUUCAGACUAAAAAUUGAGAAAAUCGACAAAAUCGUAGGAUCGCAAUUUAAAUCGAAUCUGCAUCCAAAAAAUCGUCGAAAAAUCUAAUCGGGAGAAAAGCAUAUCAUCCCAGCCCUAGAAGAAACAAUGCGAAUACACUGGAGGUAGAAACCAAAGAGCAAAGGCAUAAAAAAUGGAUUUGACUAACACCUCGAUUUGUGCGAGUGAGUUCUCUCUUUCUGGAUCUUUGAGGAGAUCGGCCUUCUCCGUUAAAGCACAUCCGUCUUGAGGAACUGCAGCUGAGUCGGUUUCAGUGAUUUACGAGCUGCUGCCAUGUUUGUUCCUGUUUCAGAGAGUCAGAGAUGUUUUCAGUUUAACAAACCAGUGAUCCCAGCAUACUGUAAAGAGACUCCAGGGACAGUGGUGAACAAUAGCUGCCAGCUCUGUGCUGUUGCCCAUGUAAUGUCUAACUAGUGACUCAGAAAACAGAUCAUGUUCAUUAUGAGAGGAGUCUGUUUAGCAUUCGGUCCGACUCUGAGCUUUGUGCCCCCCGGUUGUUUUUUACUGUUACAGUCACAGAAUCACCUUGAUGAAGGUAAUUUGCCUGUGUUGAAGAGAACUGUUUUUAAGUGAUUCGGACUAGUCUGCUUUACAUGCACCUACAUUUUUAUAGAUUAGAUAACAUCCAGUAUUCCUGCCAAUAUAUAAGAAUUAUUUAUCUCUUUAGCAAUUUCAGUUUAAUUUUGGUUGAUUUUUUAAAAGAAUUUAAUAUCUGUUACCUGCACGGAUAACAGAGCAUCACACCAUCUUUUGUUAGAUAAUAGAACUUAAAUUACUGAAUCAACUUAAAGAUGUCUUCAGGUUAGUCCAGUUGACUAAGUACAGCUAAGAUUGUUGUCAAACUCACACAUGAAAUCCCAAAUCUACUCAAACUGGUUUUACUGUGUGGUCAAAUUUAAAAACCAAUCACAAAAUUAAUGGCAAGUUGGUGUCAGAAAUGAAAUGUUGAGGAGGCAGAAUGAAAAUAAAACCUGCAAUUUGUACAAUGAAGAAAGCCGAAUGUUAUCCAACACCUUUUCGCCUUUUUCGCCCUCUCCAGGAAAUAGAUCAGUCCAGAGUUUGUUUCUGAAUUUGCCUUAUUGGUUGUUAAAGUUUUAUAUGCUGAAUCAAACUUAACGUCAUGUCACUGAAAGCGCCUCUACUGCGACUUCCUAAAACUCGUAAUGCAUAUAUUGCAAAUUUUCAAGUAGUUGCUGUUUCCACUUCCAAAUUUGGAAUAUUUCCAUCCUACCAACUUUUAAACUACAGAGUUGCUAAUGUUAAGAUGACAACUGGCAUAAUUGAUUGCUGAUUUCUGAUCAGUUAAAAAUGUCCAGAUUAGUCUUAGUUAGUUAAGAUCAGAGUCAGGAUAUCCUUACUCUUGUCCACGUUUGGUAUACUUUGAAUACUAUUAUAAUACCCACAUCUGGAGUGACAUUUGAAACCCGUUAUGAACAUGGUUUUAUUGUGCUUAACCACUUAGCCGCAGCCAAAACUGUGGUUUUGGGUUGCCUGUCCAAUCCUCAUUAAUACAAGCCCGCGGAGUUCUUUGUAUUUGACACUAAAACCACUCGGAGUCUAGGCUGAACUGUUUUCAUUUCAGUGCUCAAAGUUCACUCUUAACUGCAGCCCAUCCCGUUCCCAAAAGCGUGAUACCUGAGGGAUUCUUAGUGUGAGGCAAAAGUCCCUGCUGGUUAAGGAAAGCCAGAGACUUUGAUCAUGUCUGAGCGGUGACUGUGGCUCUGAGUAAACUGUAAAAGUUUCUCAGUCAAAAAAGGAGAGGGGGAGGUAGACAUUAGUGAUAGAGGUGAAGGAAUAAUGAGUCACUUUUUACUUAAAAAACUGCUGACCAGUUUGAUUCUAUCCCGACUUCGACGUGACAAAAUAAAUAUUGUCUGUUGCUGUAACCGCUGGAGGCUCAGCUGACUCAGCUCAGUCGACCCCUCCACCUUCUGUACGGUUUUCAGGAAAGAUGAGUGGUGUAGCUUUUGGAAAAUUAGUCCUCUAAGAACUUUCCAGAGGGUUUCAAAAUCCAAAGUUCCAGACAUGAGGUGCCAAAUUCAAAAGCACAUAACAUUUUAGGGGGAAAAUAAGCAGCAGGGACUUUGUAGUGAUGCCUUUCCAAAUGUUGCAAAAUCCACUUUUUUGUAUGAUAUUUUGGAACUUUGUUACGUAAGUUAUACUUCAUGAUAGAUUUAGAUGCAUUACCACUUUGUGAAGAUAUUAAUAGCAGAGCCUCAAAUUCUAACAUCGCCAUGUUGAAAAAGGGAUCCACUUUGAAGGCCAACCUAGGAGCUCUGCUAAUAACUCAAAGAACAAACAUUCAUGGGUGUUCACACGUGUCAAGUAUUGUCUAAUAAGGAUGCACAAUGCUCCACACAAUAUCUUCAUUUGCCAACAAAGGCUUCAGAAAUUCUUCAUCUGUAAUGCCAGUGUUGGAAACUCCUGCUAAUAAUGCGCAGAAAUGAGGGUGAGGCAUUAAUUCACCACAACAAUGAGGCGAAACAUUCCAGCUGUAUGUAAACAUAAAAGAGAUAAUCAAAAUGUUUGUUAAUUACAGGUGAUGUGUGUAAGAGCAAAACAAUCAGCCUUAAUUACUACCUUUUAAUUUUAACUGCAGCAUAAGAACCUUUUAAUUUAAACGGCAUCCAGAGUUUCUGGAGGAGUAAAGUCAAAGAGCAAAAAAUUCUUACAAGAAGAGUGACGGGUCAUUUCUUGUAAAGGAGAGACUCAGGGUUCUUUGCGAUAUAUGUCAGUUUUAGUUUAGUAUCAAAAUCUAAUCUUAGUACCAAAAACUCAGAAUCUAAGAUUACUAAGUCACCUUUCAGUUGGGUUCUGAAUGUAAUUCUUAGUGUGACACAUGAAGUAAAUUCACCAAGAUGAAACCAGAGUAUUCAGUAUCAAAAUGAAGGGAGACUGAAAAGAGGAAGAGCUAAAUUGAGCCAAAUUUAGCUCUCUAGUACUUCCAUGUCCCAAAUGUUCCUCUUUCAUAAAACUCUCUCAUCAGACUGGAACUUGAGUUUCUUAAAAUAGGAAAGAAAAGUAAGGCAGAUACAAAGCCAUGCCAAAAAUCCAAAUUAGGUAUAUAAGGUGCUUAUGUAACAAUCAGAGAGGCGUUUGGGUCGUUAAUGUGGCUUUGACCCUGUUUGUGGCCAUGCAGUCACUGCUUGUGUAACGGAGACCGUCUGGUAAUUGUCCUCUGACCUGACCGACAUCACAGUCGUUACCACCACAUAAGUUACAUAGCAUUCUGAUACACAAAAUAGGUCUCAUGUCGCAUUGUUGCCCUACUUCUGUUGGACCUAGAAAAAGCUCGUCCAUCCCCUGGAGGUUCAUUCACUGACCUGAUGAUGUGCGUGUAUGUGUUUUCUUUCUAUGGUGAACAGUGCCCUCUUCUGGUCGACUGCUGUGCCAGCGAGCGGAAUUGCACAUUGAGAUGAGGAACUUCAGUCAGGCAGUGCAGGACGCGGGCAAGCUCUGUCGGAUAAAACCUCUCUGGACAAAGGUGAGGCAUCAUUUUGAACAAUGGACAGGCGUGUUUUAUUAAAUAGGAACUCUGUAUAGUAAGACAUGUAGAGCUUGGAUUGAUUUAUCUUUGUGUCUUUUAGGCUCACUGUCUGAAAGCAAUGGCUCUGAGUAAAGCGGGACGGAACGAUGAGGCCUUGCAGGAAUAUUUCAUGUGUGUGGCUUUAAAGCCUGACUGGACCAAAGUCAAGCUGGAGGCUCAGAAGGUAAGGAAGCACUUUUGUUGGCUUUUUUUAUCACUUUGAUUGAAAAUAGAUCCAAGUAUCCCAAUAUUGUUUAAGUUUCAAGACAUUCAUAAGCUUCUUUACAGAGUUGAAAUAAUCUCCUCUUUUUUGUUAUUAUGUUGAACAUUUCUAAGUAUUCUGUUCUCCCUCCUGCAGGUGCUCAGCGAGCUUUUCUCCUCAGUGUUUGAGAAUGAGGACAUGCCCACCCCUCUGCACCCACUCCAGGGGGGGCUGACCACCCGCCUCAUCAAACCUCCUGCCUUGCUAAGAUCCCUGAGACCGCUUACACAGAGACCCUGCUCUUCCUCUUCCUCGUCCUCACAGGUAACAGACCAAACAUGACCUCCAUCCAAUAAUUUUUAAUUUUCCAGAUAAAUCAGUCUGAGGACGUGUCAGUUUAGAAUCAUUAAAAUGCUUUUUAAGUUUUUUUUCCAUCGGGGAUCCAAACUUUUCUGUGGAAGAGAGACAUCUAAAUCAAAGAGAAAGAUCAUAUUUUCAUAUUUGAAGACUCACAAAUCCGUGUCAUUAUUCUGUCUCCAGGAUUCAGAGUUCAGUGUGACUAAAAGUGCUCCAGCAGACGACUCUUCCUCCCGAUUGUCUGCUGCGCCUCCCGCUAAAUCAGAUGCUGCUGCAGUGGAGGAAAGCACCAAGAGCCUGGCUGGAGUUCUGGCCACGCUGCCGGCUCCCCCUGGUGGCCUGAAGAGGAAACACAGCGGAGACGGUCCCUCAGCGAUAUUCAACACUCCCUCUAAACUGCUCAGAUCAGGUACAUUUUACUUCAUCAUUUUGAAACCCUUUUGUUUUGUUGUUGUUUUGGACAAAUCCUAAAUAAUGACUUCUUAUUGGAUGCAAGUUCUCUUUUAUUUGUUGCUCACACAGUGGUGCAAUGAUGCAAAAUGUUCCUCAAUAGCUUUUUCUUUUACGUCCAAGAUGAAAGAUUGACAAGCUAAAAACAUAGUACUGUUAAUAACAACUCUGACAAACUUAAAGAGAGAAAAAAGAGGCGCUAAUCCAUUGCCAUGAGAACUAACUGAAAACGUUUUGCUGUGAGCAUGUUAUGAGCCAUGGGAGGAAAAUAAGCGGGGUCAUGAGAUGCUCAGCUUGAAAACCGCAGCGUGCCAUCUCUCCUGAAUAAAUGAUCAAAUAUAAAGUGAGCGCACAUGCAGAGCAAUGUGUCCUGAUGUUGUGACGUUUCGUGCAGAUGAGGUAAGCAGCUCUAAGACCCCAGCAGUUUGUGGAGGGCGGACAGUUCCCGCCGAGCUGCUAGACAGUGGAGACAUGGAGUGUUCACUCUGCAUGAGGUGAGUAGCUCAGUCCAACACACACACAAAAAACACACAGUCACGCAUUUUUUUGUGACAUCCACAGUUGCCAAGUAUAUGAGCCAAUAUUGCUUUUUUAAGUCGGAUACCACACAGCCUUGAAAUGUAGCUUGCUAUGAUAUAAGCAAAGGUCAAAAGCAGAGGGUAUUAGCUGCAGUUAUUAAACAUAUACAUGUUCUCUGUUAUUUUUCCCCUGCAGGUUGUUCUAUGAGCCUGUGGCCACCCCCUGUGGACACACCUUCUGUCUCAAAUGUCUGGAGCGCUGCCUGGACCACAACCCCAAUUGCCCUCUGUGCAAAGAAAAUCUGUCAGAGGUACACAUGCAUUUCAUGUAGUCAAACAUGCGACGUCUCUAAAUUUACAAGAUCAUUACUUCUGUUUUUGCAAAUGCAAUAAGUAGCUUUUUACAUUCAUUUGGUCAGUUGUAAAUAAUAAGACUCAUUGACCCUUAAAGCAUGGAGCCAGGGAUGUCAUUCUUAUGGAUGAAACUGAAAUUACAGAUUUUGCCGGUUGAUGAGUCUUUACUAAAUAAAUCAACCUAUUCUGAAAGUGUGCCAAUGAGGCCAGUGGUUCAUUGGUGAAUUAAGAUCUUGAUGUAAAAGGCUUUCAGAUGGAAGUAAUAUGUUAACAGUAUAUUCAGGGAGAAGAAAAGCAUCAAGAAACAUCAGAAAAUUAUUAAAAAAUUAAAAUUUUAUCUCACCUGUCUGUUUGUUCAUUGUCAUUGCAGUAUCUGGCCACCAGGGGCUACAACAAGACAGUGCUCAUGGAGGAAGUGCUGCAGCGUUACCUAGGAGACGAGCUAACAGAGAGGAAGAAAAUCCAUGAGGAGGAGAUGAAAGAGCUGUCCAAGUGAGUUUUACAUUGAAUUCAUCCAAUCACUCUUAUGAAAUUACAGUUAUCAUCGUCUCCUUGAGCUCUCACCCCAAAUAACCACUACAGACUGAAUUUGCUAGUUCAGAGAGCAGGUGCAAAUUAUCUUGUGAAGCGGUCAAACUUCUCCCCCCCUCUUAAACUUCCACAGGCACAAAAGUUUUAACACAUUUCUCCAUUUUUUACUUGUAGUCUGAACCAAGAAGUGCCCAUCUUUGUGUGCACCAUGGCCUUCCCCACCAUCCCCUGCCCACUGCACGUGUUCGAGCCCCGCUACCGCCUCAUGAUCCGCCGUUCCAUGGAGACAGGGACCAAGCAGUUUGGCAUGUGUAUAGCUGAUGAGAUCAAAGGCUUUGCUGACCACGGCUGCAUGCUGCAGGUGAGUGUGUAUUUGUGUGUGUAGGUGUCAUGAGCGCUAGAUCAGAAUCUGACGAUCACAUUUACUGAGAACAAUCUCACCCUCAAACACAUGCUUGUAAAAAAUACAGAAACCCAGACGAGUUUUAAUGCAUGAUAACUUGUGUUCCAGGUGCGGGAUGUGAAGUUCUUUCCUGAUGGUCGUUCAGUCGUCGACACCAUUGGCGUGUCGCGGUUCAAGGUCCUCAGCCAUGGCCAGCGAGAUGGCUACAACAUCGCCAAGAUUGAGUACCUGGAGGACAAAAAGGUGGGUACAGAGAAAAGCACAUGUGGAUAGCUGUGGGUACUUUUAAUUAGAGCUUGACAUUGCAGACACUUCCCACCACGCUGCCAUCAAAGAAAUAUCACAAACUGUCGAAACAGAUCUAAUUAUAACCUGCAGCAAAACGUGUGACAGCUGGAAAGCAAAAGUCAGAGUUCCCUUUUCUAUGGCCCUGGGAAAUUUAGAUUUCCAGAAAUGUGCUGUUUCUUCUCUUUUUUCUAAUAGACACUUGGAUAUACCAAAAUAUAUGACUUCAUGAUGAAAAAAUACCCAUAAAGUAAAAAUUCAAAUCUGUGUGUGUUUAAUCAGAUGGAAGGGGAAGAGCUGGUGGAGCUUCUGAAGCUUCAUGAUGCCGUGUACGAGCAGGCCAACAGCUGGUUCACGUCUCUGAAAGACAACAUGAAGAGCCAGAUCCUCAGCCAUUUCGGACACCUCCCUAACAAAGACGCCGACCCGCAGGUAAGCAGACAUGAGUUACAAAUAAGAUUUCUUAUUUAUCUGUGGAAUCGCUUUUUCUUUCACAAAGAAAGAACUAGACCAAAGUUCUUCCAAGACAAAUGCUUUACAUGAUACAAAGUUAACAGGCAGCAAAUGUAAAAGCACACAUUUAGUCACACAGUGUUAUUCAUCCUGCAGUUUUAACUGGUGUAGUUGUCCAUGACAGGGGUUUGGUGAAUUAUUUAUUCAAAGUAAGAAAUAACCUUUGUAAUAACACAACUAUACUUGACAUAUAAACAGCGGCUUCACAGAAUAGAUAACCUGCUUGGUUGCACUUCCACAUUGGCAUGGUUACGUAUGAAUUGAAGAGAUUUUCUUUUGUUUUUAUAUUUGUGAAAAAUGCUUUAAGGGGUCUACUUGUCCGGUCUUUUAUAGCAAAGCAUUGCUGUCAGGCAGAAAUUUCCAACCUCCAUAUUCGUAGCAAAAGGACAUAUUCAGCAAAUGAUUUAAAAAACCAUAUCAUGCAGCCAAAUUUGCACUCUGCCAGAAGGAAGCAUUAAAAACACAUAAAAGAGCUGAGUGUUUGAAAGAAACAUGUGGUCAUUAAUCCUCUAAAGCCGCUGAUAUCAGACAGAGGAUCUCUGAGGGACAUGAACGCCUCCUAGAGCCGCGUGUUGGGUGAAUUUUGUCAAUACAAGGAGAUUAACUGGGUGUAUCUUUUCUCUCCUGCAGGCAAGUCCCAGCGGUCCAGCCUGGUGCUGGUGGCUCCUUGCUGUCCUUCCUCUGGAGAACAGAGCCCAGCUCACUAUCCUCGCCAUGACCUCCCUGAAAGACCGCCUCAUGGCUAUCCGCAGGGUGCUCAUCUUCGUCACGCGCAAGAGGCCGCGGUGAUCGGCUCGAGCUCUUUUCAGCGGUUCAUCCAUUUGCUCUCAUCAUCAUCAGCUCCAUUCAUUUUGUUUAAUUUGACUGAUCAGUUCUCACUUUUCUACUCGGGUUAACUCAUCCAUUCACUAAAAUCGAUCUUCUCAGACCCACAUGAUUUUGAGGAAAGAGUCACUUGUGUUCAGAGCAGCAGGUGGGCCAGGUCCCUGUAAAUCCAACACCCUGCCUGCCUGCCUGCCUGCUUUCUCCUCCUGGAUGAAUCAAGUAACAUCUGAACCAGUGAACGCCUUCCCCUCUCAUGUCCUGUUUGGUCUGACCAAGAUGUCACUUCACAGAAAAUCCACCCGACUCUUUUGUAUGAAGGAACAAAAGCCGGUGUGCUCGAGCAACGAGGUUCAAGAGGAGUAAAUUUUUUUUUAAAUAAACCAGUAUUCUCAUAAGCUGAAACAGAAGGUGGCCUACCACAGAGCCGAGUGGUGUCCCAAACCCCAUCACUGACAGUAUGAACAGGUCCAGUCCAAUCAGAAACUCACAAAGCUGAAAUAUGAAGCAAAAAUAAAGACACUUGGCAUGACGGCAAACACAUAAAGUGAAUGUACCAGUCUGGUUGCAUUAAGAGGACGUUUUUCUUUUUCUCAAACAUUUACAGUUUCUGUUGAGCAAGUUGCACAUGAGGUCAGAUUUCUGUAUGCUAACGUGCUGCAGCUGCUUCACUCGAAAAUCUUCCUGGUUGAGCCGAAAUCCAUGUGCACAAACGUGGAGCUCCAAAUCCACUGCCUCACACCGUGGUGGGCUCGUACCUCAGACUGUCUCCUAGAAAACGGACUAUGAUGUGUAUGAUAAACUCCACGACUUCAUCUCUCUUCUGGUUUCAAAAGGAUGAAGUGCGUGAGAUUCAGACAGAAGACGGGCUAUCACGCAAGCUCUAGUCGCAGUUAGGAAAUUGCAGAUACUAAUGCAUCCUUCCAGAUUCACUGGAUCUGGAACUUUGUCCUAUUGUAGCAUAUCUCUGGGACUUCAGAUAAAGACUUAGUUUUAGGGGUUGAUUGUGUAUUUUUUUUUCUGUUUUUUCUCUCUGCUAUGCCCUUAAAUGUAAGUGUACGGUGAAAUCUUAAUUUGGGUGAUUUUAUAUGUAUAUCAAUGUAACUCGGAGGCCUUUGUAAUGUUUUAUUUAAGAAGCGUUUCACCUUCUAUCCAUCUCUCUUUCUCUACAGUACAUUUACAUGCACAGUGCAGGGCAAUUACAGUGCUUAAAGCUGGGCUUAUGUGCUCUACGGUGUUUAUAGUCAGUGUUUCUCAACACACAUUUGGUCUAUUCUUGGACGCCUCACAGAUUUUACCUUUCCUUGUGCAAAUUUUUCAAUUACAUUUAUAAUGCGUAUGUAGUCAAGUGAACUUUCAUUGUUUCCUUCAAGCCUUUUGACAGCCUAAUCGUGAGUCUAGUUGUGCAAAAUAUCACCAAUUGCUGAUCAGCUGAAAAAGUCGAGACCAUUUUUUAUGCAGCUAAUUGUCUAAAAUCUUGGAUAAAAAAUGCAAUUUUGUAUAAACCUCUGAUUAAAGGUUUAAUAGAUUUUUUUGACCACUGGGGGGCACUAUAGCCCAAUUGGCGGCCCCAGAGCAACAAGUUUGAUUGUUACCAUGUUCCCUGUUUUUUAAACUUUGUUCUGUUUUUAUAAAUUUCUAGAUUUUUGAGAAAACAUGUUAACCACACCGUUAUACCAGCAUUGUGACAAAAAUUUCCUACCCAAAGCAUGAAGGCCCCCACAAAAUAUACUACCACUUUGAUUUUAAGAUAAAUUUACCACAAACUCCAAAGUUUCUCAAAAAAAAAGUUGUAUAAUGACAAAAAUAAUCCGUUAUGAUGUUACAAGCAACAAGUGAGAUUAGUUAAUUUCACUUUGAAGUGAUUUAAGACAAAUUUACAAAAUAAAACUCAUAAAUUUACAUUCUCAUACAUUUAUGAUUUUUUGUUUAAUAAAUUGACAUCGUCUCUUAAAAAAAAAAAGUAAUUGUAACAUUACUCAUUUGUUCCUGUAAAUAUUUACGUUUUUUCCCUCAAAAUCUGAAAUUUCUUUGAUGUCUUAAUGAAGCCCUUAUUCUGUGUUAUGUUAACUGAUGUAAAUGAUAAAUGUUUCAGAAUAUUCCAAAUGUGUAUUUGCAAAGUUUUUAAUCAGGUUAAACACGUUUUGAUGAGAAACACUGAACGUAAACCUGCCAGAGUCUGAUUAAUUAAUGGUGUACCUCAAAAAGAUGGAUGAAUGAUACGCCUCAUUUAAGUGCUUAAAUUCAGCUAUCUCUGCUACUUAUAAAAGUAAAAAAAUCAAAUAUUUAACAGUCUCAUAAUUUCAGUGAAAAACAGUUGAAAUCACAAAUGUCUUCACAGGAGAUUUCUGGUUGUAAUUGCAGUCUUGAUGUGCAUGCAGAUGCACUGUUUCUCUGUAUAAUUCUGUCCUUCCAGAUGUUUGUGACUCCACUGCAGUCUGUCGCUCUCCAUGGGGCGUGGGAUGGGGUUCACAACAUGCUGCAUUUCCCUGGUAUAUUUGUAAAGGGAGAUCUUAUACCUAUUUUUUAUUGCAAAUAAAGAAAAACACAUUCAGACUUGC